AGAAGUGUUUGGAACAUUCGGUGUAGGAGGGGCUACAGAGUUAUAUAAUCUCAAGGCAGAACUGCUGAGAGCUUAGAGUGAGUUACACUGUGCACAAGAUAGAGGGGAAUCAGACACUGGAAACAUGUCUGGAAAACCCAAGCUUCACUACUUCAAUGGACGAGGCCGAAUGGAGCCAAUUCGGUGGCUCUUGGCAGCAGCUGGGGUUGAGUUUGAUGAAUGUUUCAUAGAAAAAAAGGAGGAUUUGACAAAGUUACAGAAUGAUGGAUCCCUGCUCUUUCAGCAAGUGCCAAUGGUCGAGAUUGAUGGGAUGAAGCUGGUGCAGACCAGAGCCAUCAUGAACUACAUAGCAACGAAGUACAACCUCUGUGGGAAGGACCUGAAGGAGAGAGCCCUGUACUGUAACAAAUUUGUGGAAGGACUGUUCGACCUGAAUGAGCUACUCCUAAUGCAUGUUCUCCAACCAGCAGACCAAAAGGAGCAACAUUUUGCUAAUAUGAUGGACAAGGCUGAAAACAGACACUUCCCUGUCUUUGAGAAGGUUUUGAAAGACCAUGGAAAAGACUUUCUGGUUGGCAACCAGCUGAGCAGGGCAGAUGUUCAGCUACUUGAAGUCAUUUUAAUGGCAGAGGAAUACAAACCUGAUAUACUUGCCAAAUUCCCGCUCUUGCAGAGCUUCAAAGCAAGAAUGAGUGCUAUCCCCAACAUAAAGAAAUUCCUGCAGCCUGGCAGCCAGAGGAAACCACUAGCAGAUAAGAAUGCUGUGGCCAAAGUGAUGAAAAUUUUCUACUGAGCUGCACUCAAAAGCCACAGGAACUUUGUUUCACUGGAUUUGCAGAUAGUAGCAGAGUGAAAUUAAUGGAAGGAGUGGCAAUGUCAAAUUAAUGGAAAGAGUGAAAAAAAGAUAUUUGAUAUCUCUUUUCUUAACUACAGGAUUGGUUUUUGCCGACUGCAGACAUUUCCAGGUAAAGCUACAUGAGCCUCCUUGCAAAGGAAAUAGUUCUGUGAUUAGGAUGUAUAUUGGACAACACAGGAUGCCUUAAUUAACUAAAGAGAAUAUCUGAAAUAAAGUUUCACUUUUG